GCGUACUCGUGAAAGGGGAGAGAAAGAAAGGGAGCGAGCGCUGCUUUCUUCUGCUUCGCUUUUCAAAUCUCCCUCUCUCUCUCUCUAUCGGGAUUCUGAUACUGGCAUAGUGCUAGGGCUCGGCAGUCCCUUCUCUCUCUCUCGUUCUUCCUUUUGGUUCUUGAAGGAAGAAGGGAAGAGGGAAAGGUUUUCAAGAUGCUGAGGAUGUUCAGGUCCUCAGAUCGUUCCCCUUCGCCAUCGUCGGUCUCUACUCCCACCCCACCGACCCCCCCUUCGGAACCCUCAGCUAGCAUGGCUGCCGGCCCUGCUAGGCCUCUUCGACUGAUAUAUUGCGACCCUCAGGGCAAGUUUGUCAUGGACCCGGAGGCCGUCGCCGCCCUCCAGCUUGUCAAGGGACCCAUCGGCGUCGUCUCCGUCUGUGGCCGUGCUCGUCAAGGAAAAAGCUUCAUUCUUAAUCAGUUGUUGGGGAGGAGUAAUGGAUUUCAAGUUGCUUCAACUCACAAACCAUGCACUAAAGGACUUUGGAUGUGGAGUGCACCUCUUAAGCAAACUGCUAUCGAUGGCACUGAAUACAACCUUGUACUUUUGGAUAGUGAAGGAAUUGAGGCUUAUGACCAAACGGGAACAUAUAGCACAAAAAUAUUCUCAUUGGCUCUUUUGUUAUCUAGCAUGUUCAUCUAUAACCAGUUGGGUGGUAUUGAUGAAGCUGCACUUGAUCGUUUGUCAUUGGUCACUGAAAUGACAAAGCAUAUCCGUGUUAGAGCCUCCACAGGAAAGACCUCCUUUUCAGAGCUAGGGCAAUUCUCUCCUAUUUUUGUUUGGCUCUUGAGGGAUUUUUAUUUGGAUUUGGUAGAAGAUGGUAGAAGAAUAAGCCCUCGCGAUUAUAUGGAACUAUUCCUGAGACCGAUGCAAGGUGGUGGAAGGGAGGUGAUAACCAGAAAUGAGAUUCGGGAUUCAAUUCGUGCACUUUUCCCUGAUCGAGAAUGCUUUACGCUUGUACGACCUUUAAGUGAUGAAAGUGCUCUUCAGAAACUGGAUCAAGUCCAGUUACAUAAGCUACGACCAGAAUUCAGAGCAGGCUUAGAUGCCUUGACCAAGUUUGUGUUUGAGAGAACCAGACCAAAGCAGGUAGGAUCCACAAUUAUGACAGGUCCUGUAUUUAUUGGCAUCACACAGUCAUUUUUAGAUGCCAUAAACAAGGGUGCAGUUCCGGCAAUAGCUUCUUCAUGGCAGAAUGUUGAAGAAGCAGAGUGUAGGAGGGCAUAUGAAUCAGCUGCUGAGGUGUAUAUGGCUAAUUUUGACCGCUCAAGGCCUCCAGACGAGGUUCUCCUUAAGGAAGCACAUGAAAAUGCCAUGAAAAAGUCACUAGCUGCUUUUAGUGAGAACGCUGUUGGUGCAGGAUUAGUCCGUCAAAAAUAUGAGAACCAACUUCAUGGUUUCCUUAGGAAGGCAUUUGAGGACUACAAAAGGACUGCCUUUACUGAAGCAGAUUUAAGAUGUUCAAAUACCAUUCAGAUGAUGGACAAAAAGUUACGUGAAUCCUGCCAUGUCCCUAAUGCUAAACUCAAGCAUGUAUUGGAAGUUCUGGACGGUCUUAUCUCUGAAUAUGAAAGAUCUUCCCAUGGUCCUGGGAAAUGGCAAAAGCUUGUUCGAUUCUUGCAGCAGUGUUUGGAGGGCCCGAUAUUUGAUCUUGUUAUGAAGCAAUUAGACCAAGCUGCAUCAGAGAGAAGUGAUCUUAUGUUAAAAUUUCGUGCAAAUGAAGAUAAAAUGGAACUGCUUAGCAAACAAUUGGACGCAAACGAGCAGCAUCGUGCUGAUUAUCUGAAAAGAUAUGAAGAAGCACUCGGUGACAAAAGAAAAAUUGCAGAAGAUUACCUUAAUCGCAUAAACAAUCUGCAAAGUAAAUAUAGUUCUUUGGAAGAGCGGUACUCCAAUUUAUCAAAAACCUUAGAUGCCAGCUCUUUGGAGUCUGUGGAGUGGAAGCGGAAAUAUGAGCAGAUAUCCUCUAGACAUAAGGCUGAAGAAGAACAAGUUAAUGCUGAAAUAGCAACUCUCAAGUCUAAGGCUCGCACUGCUGAAGCAAGAUUAGCUGCUGCUCGUGAACAGAUGGAAUCUGCUCAAGAAGAGGCUUCUGAAUGGAAAAGGAAAUUUGAUAUAGCUGUCAAAGAAUCCAAAUCUGCACUGGAAAAAGCUGCACAAUUGCAAGAUCGUUCAAAUCACCAAAUUCAACUUAGAGAAAAUUCUCUCAAGGCAGAAUAUGCUGCUGCUCUAGCUAAGAAGGAAGAAGAGAUCAAGGAAAAGGAAACAAAGCUUGAACAGGCUGAGCACCGUGUCAUGAAUUUGAGUUCACAGCUAAAGAUAGUGGAUUCUUCAUUGAAAAGUAAGGAUGCAGAAUCUGCUGCUCUGAAAGUUCAAGUUGAGGAGUUGGGACAGAUGAUUGAUUCUGCCAAGGUUGCUGCUCAGUCAUUUGAAAGAGAGGCAAGGAUGUUGCAGCAAGAAAAAAUUCAUCUGGAGGAAAAAUAUUUGACUGGGUUCAAGAGAUUUGAGGAAGUCGAGGAGAGGUACAAAACUGCUGAGAAAGAGGCUCGAAAAGCUGCUGAGUUGGUCGAAAAUGCCAGAAACGAGGCAGCAUCUGCACAAAAAGAAAAGAAUGAAGUCCACCGCUUGGCCAUGGAAAGGCUGACACAGAUUGAAAGAGCUGAGAGACAAAUUGAAACUCUUGAAAGACAGAAGCUGGACUUGGUGGCGGAGAUUGAACAGCUGCGAGAUUCUGAGAUGGCUGCUAUUUCCAAGGUUUCGUUGCUUGAGACAAGAGUACAUGAGAGGGAGAAGGAAAUCAAGGAACUAGUGGAAUCUGCAAAUGAGCAAAGAGCCACUACAGUCGAAGUGCUUGAAAGCCUUUUAGCUACUGAGAGGGCAGCUCAUGAUGAAGCAGAAUGUCGAGCAAAGGCUCUUUCAUUGCAGCUUCAAGCCACCCAAGGAAAACUAGAUGCUGUUCACCGAGAGUUGACAAUGACAUCGGUAAGACUGAACGAGACUCCUGUAGAUGGCAAACUAAAAUCUAUUUCACAUGCUAAACGGUCACGUGUUGAAGAUUAUGCCGGCAUGGAAUCAGUUCAUGAUAUGGAAAUAGAUGCCGAUAUCAUCAGAACAAAUAAGCGAUCCAAGAGCACAACUAGCCCCAUAAACAAUCAUGCAGAUGAUGGAGGCUCAGUUUUUAAACCCAGUGAGGAUGACAGCCAGCAUGAUACAGAAGAUUAUACUAAGUUCACCGUACAGAAGCUCAAGCAGGAACUCACAAAACAUGGAUUUGGUGCGCAACUGCUGCAGUUGAGGAACCCAAACAAAAGGGACAUACUAUCUUUGUAUGAAAAACAUGUCCUCAAGAGCUAAGUAGACUUGCUGAUCCCAGCCGUGGCAUCUUAUACCAUGACAACCACUAUACUGACUUCUAUUGCUUUAGAAGUAGACUGACAUAGCAUGUUCUUCCUUGUAUUUGGUUCUCAAGGAUAUAGCUUUUGUUUUUGCUUAUUUUUCCACUUUGAUGUAAGUAUUAUCCAUAUUGGCCUGUGUUUCUGGCCAUGAUUAUGAUUUUCUUCUUCUUUUGUUCCUGUUGAGCUGGUUGUAAAAUGGUUGCAGGAUUUGAUGGUAAAAUAUAUGUAGCUUUCUAACUGA